AUGUCAGACACAAACUCUUCAUCCACAUUAUCUGAAACUAUUCAGCUUUAUCUCUAUCGUUUUACUCCAAACGGUAUUGAAAAAGAAACAAUAUUUAUCGAUUGGGAAGAUGAAAAAUGGUCGAUUGGUUCAGAAAAUUUUGGUAUUGAUAUGAAUACAUGGUCAAUAUCUGUUAAACGAUCAUCAUUAAAUGAAUGUAUGCAAUAUUUUUGUCUAUGUUCAUCAUUAAUUAUUCGUUUUGAUACAUUAUACAAUGAAAUAUUUAAAAAACAAUUAAAUGGUAUUGAAGAAAAUAGUAAUGAUUAUGAUUUGCUGUCAGAUGAAAUAGAUUUGGAAGAAAUGAGUAUCGAAGGAACAAAGCGUACAGAGAAAAAACCAACAAUUGUUAUUAGCAGUAUUUAA